AUGCUCAUAGAUAAAGAGUCUCGUUAUGAUAGACAGCUCCGGUUGUGGGCCUCGACGGGCCAAACCAACCUUGAGAACUCCCAUAUCUGUCUCAUCAACGCCACUCCUACUGGCUCCGAAAUCCUCAAAAACUUGGUCCUUCCUGGUAUCGGCGAGUUCACCAUUAUCGAUAAUAGACGGGUAACACCGCAAGACUUGUCAGGGAACUUCUUUCUCAAAAGGCAGGAUUUAAACCAAGUGCUAGCAGAUGCAGUAAAAGCCAAUCUCAGCGAAUUGAACUCGGAAGUAUGCGGCCAUUCGAUCAACAGAUCCAUCAUAUCCAUUCUCCUGGAAGAAUCCCAUCAAUUCUGGGACCAGUUCAACGUAGUCAUCGUCAGCGACUAUGUGCCUCAGCUCGAGCUUCUCAAGGAGAUUCUCUGGAAUAAAAAGACGCCUCUCCUUAUUGUCAACACCAUAGGAUUUUACGGUUCACUCAACAUCAUCGCCAACGAAAUCACCGUCAUCGAAACUCACGACCCUUCACGACUUUACGACUUAAGAAUAGAUAAGCCCUGGCCAGAAUUGCAGGCCUUUGUAAACUCGAUAGACUUGGACUCGUUGGAUGAUACAGAUCAUGCUCAUGUACCAUACAUUGUCAUAUACAUCAAAGCAUUACAGACGUGGAAAGUAGAUCAUAACGGUCUGGUACCUCAGAACUACCACGAAAAGAAACUCUUCCGCUCCUACAUUGAACAACUCUCAAGAAACAUUAACCUCGAGGCCAACUUCAUCGAAGCUUCCAACUCCAUUCACAGAGCAUUACAGACAACAGGCAUUCCAAUUUCUAUCCAGAAAUUGUUUGAAAAGGUAACCGCGGCCAAUGAAAGCUUCGAUGCAUCCACGCCCAUCUUCUGGAUCUUUAUCAAGGCACUCAAGCGAUUUGUAGAAAAAAAUGACAACCAGCUCCCGCUUCCGGGAACCUUACCUGACAUGGCUUCCGAUACUACUAGCUAUUUGUGUUUGCAGACCAUAUAUAGAGAAAAGGCUUGGAAAGACCAAGAACUUUUCACAAGGGAAGUCAUCAAGGUCCUAGAAGAAGUGGGAAGGUCUAAAGAAGAACUCAAUCGAGACUCCAUCACAAGUUUCUGCAAAAAUUCUCAAAUGCUAUAUGUGACUUCAGGUUCGAAAAAACUUUACAGUUCCAGUCUAAUACAAGAGUUGUUGAACAGUUCUAACGAUGCCGAAAACGAUCCCUACAACACGUUGGGUAUCUACUUUGCGAUAUUGACGUACAAUUUAUUCAUAGAAAAGUGCAACAGAUCACCUACCUUGAAGGAUUUGGACUUGCUCGAGAUAUUGUUUGCUGAUAACAUCUUAAAUCGUUCUUCGGUCCCAAGUUCUGUAAUAACUACGUUCAGAGAAUUACUAAGUCAUAAUACUCGUCAUUACCAUAAUAUCAAUAGUUUGAUGGGUGGAAUUGCCAGUCAAGAAGUGCUUAAACUUGCAACAGCACAGUAUACCCCACUAGACAAUCUCUUUGUAUUUGAUGGUAUUCGUUCUGUGAGUGAAAAAUGGAAGAUUUAG